ACGAAACCGGCUCCUCUUCCCGUCCCUUCCCAAUCCGUUGCACCCCCCGCGCCUCUCCGCCGUUCCCAACGCCACUCUUCCAUUCCCCUUUUCCCUCUCUCCCCUUGUUUAUUCCUCCCCCCGCACCCGCAUUCCCCCAAUCUCUACCCUGCCCUGCCCCUAUGCGGAUCCGCCUCCUAGCAUCCGCCGCCUGCUGACCCGGCGGCGCGCGGAGAUGGGAGCGGCGCCGGUGGACGAGGAGGCCACGGGGUUCGAAGUCGGCAUCGUCGUGCCAAAGCUCCCGCGCGCCGCCGCAGCCGACGGCGGGGAGCACUGCCUCGCGCUGCUCGUGCGGGAGCUCGAGGACGUCGGCCUGCUCGUCGACCGCGUACGCGGCGUGCCCGCAGAGUUCAUCAAGCUUUCCGCGCCCAUGGGCACCCUGGGGAGAGCCGCCGCCGAGAUGCAGAUGAAGAAGCUAACCUACAUCGGAAUGGAGCUGCAGUUUGAAUGGGACCAGGUCGCCGCCUUCGUCACGCAGCCCGACGGCUCCCUCUUCAGCUGGCGGGAGCGCUUCACAUGCUUCCGCUACUUGAUUUACGGCAUCGUCAACAAGAUGGACUCUGAUAUAUCCCUUAAAUUUGAUGAUAAAGAGUUUCAUUGGAAACAGAAUGAGUCGCUGUUACGCAGGCUCGAAGACGAAGGGGUUGUGAAGCUAGUCUUCCCUUUGCAUGAUGAAAUUAAAAGGAAGCAGCUCCUCAGAAAUUGGGCACUGAACUGGCAUGACUUCACAUGGCAACCUAUCGAUGAAGUUUACUCCUAUUUUGGAACCAAGAUUGCUACAUAUUUUGCUUUCCUAGGAAUGUAUACGCGUUGGCUAUUCUUUCCAGCCGUAUCUGGACUGGCCACUCAGCUGAUAGAUUUUGGGUCAUUGCAGUGGCUGGUUCUUCCUGCUUUCUUUAUCUUCGUGAUUUCUUGGGCUGUCUUCUUUUUGCAAUUUUGGAAACGGAAGAAUUCAGCACUUCUUGCUAGGUGGGGCAUUAAUUAUUCAAUUGCAGAAUACAAAGCUUCUGCUAAUGAACUGGACCCUUUAAGGCAUCCUCAGUCUGUUGAAUGUGUGGAGGAAAAGAAAUUUGAUGAUGCGCCUGCUGAGAAAAGAAGAUUGCAGAGAAAUGAGUGGUCUGGUGUCCUUCUUAGAAUUAGGAACAAUGCCAUUAUUGUGUUGGGUAUUAUUUGUCUUCAGCUGCCAUUUGAGUUGGCCUAUGCUCAUUUGUAUGAAAAGACUGAAACUGAGGCUGUAAGGUAUGUGUUGACUGCAGCAUAUCUUGUUGCAAUUCAAUACUAUACCAGGAUAGGUGGAAAGGUGUCUGUCAUUCUAAUAAAGUACGAAAACAACCAAGGAGAACAGUCUAGUGCUGAUAGUUUGAUUUAUAAGGUCUUCGGUCUAUACUUUAUGCAGUCGUACAUUGGGUUGUUUUACCAUGCUUCUCUUUAUCGUGACAUUUUGAGACUCCGGAAAGUUCUUAUUCAGCGCCUCGUUGUGUCCCAGGUGUUGGAAAAUCUGAUUGAGAAUUCUUUUCCAUAUCUCAAAUACAGCUACAAAAAGUACAAAGCUGUUCACAAGAAAAGACAAGAGAAAGAAUCACCAUCAGGGAAGUCAGUUCGAUUAACAACAAGAGUGGAGAAAGAAUAUUUAAAACCCUCCUAUACCGCAAGCAUUGGAGAAGAGCUUGAAGAUGGUCUGUUUGAUGAUUUUCUUGAGCUAGCUCUUCAGUUUGGGAUGAUCAUGAUGUUUGCAUGUGCGUUUCCCUUGAUAUUCUGCUUUGCUGCCCUGAACAAUGUUACUGAAAUAAGAGCGGACGCAUUGAAGUUGUUAGUCAUGUUGAAAAGACCUGUUCCACGUGCUGCAGCUACAAUUGGAGCGUGGUUGAACAUAUUCCAGUUCCUGAUCGUAAUGGCAAUCUGCACCAACUGCUUGCUUCUUGUUUGCUUGUACGAUGAGGAGGGUAAGUGGAGGAUUGAGCCAGGACUCGCGGCAAUCCUUAUAAUGGAGCAUGCUCUCCUCUUAAUCAAGUUUGGUUUCUCACACUUUGUCCCUGAGGAGCCUGCAUGGGUGAGAGCAAAUCGUGUGCGGUACGUAGCUCAGGCACAAACUGUCUGCUCUAAGCAACUCUUGAGGAGCAUCUCAAAACUGGAUACGAAGUGGGAGUGAGGACCUUCUGUAUUAGAAGGCAAAGCUAGUUUUGUAAAUUAGGAUAGAGUUUAGAUUCGUCUCGGGUAGGUAGCGUAGAAAUUUUAGUGGUCUAACUACUGAGUACUGACGCCCUGUUGCUGCUAACUGUUCCAAUUGCUAAAUGUAGAUAUUGCUACAUAAUCUAUAGGAGUAUGGGUUGGGGCCAUGUUGCCCUUAUUGUAAGGAUGUAGAGGGUGUUACUUGCAAGCUGAGAUAUAUAUGUGGUGCGAUUUUGUACAGACCGCACCAUGGCUCAACAGCAAAGCAACUUCAAUUGUUCGAUUUGCAGAGGAAA